CCUUCUCAGGACCAAUCGUGACUGGGUCAAUCAUGUUGCAGUCCCGAUCUUUACCGGGUUGAUAUCCGACCACUCCAGGCUGGCAAGCAUGUCCGACUUCUCACGACUGCCCACUCGAGGCAGCAGCUCCUCCCCAACGCCGCCACCUCCCCCUCCGCCAGCUCCCGUGCAACAGAGUCACAAGUAUUCCAACCGCGCGGCCAGCGCUCUGGCACGAUUCGCCCAGCCCUUCUUCUCCGGGUCUCGGCCUCCCAGUCCACACACGGCGGGAAGCCGGGCGGAUCUGUCGGCUAGUCCCCGUUCAACAAGGUCCAAGUCAUUACCUGGCGAAUCCCAGACAGUCUCCCAUAAGACCGGCAUCCCGAUUGCUGCUCUAGACAUCUCCCCGCAGCGGACACAUGCAGUCAUCGGCGGCAAGGAGAUCUUAAAGACGAUCCGCGUGUUGCCUGAUCACUCCUCAGAGGAGUUUAACCUUCGCAAUGCCAUCAUUAGUUAUUCCUCCACUCAUCAUGUUGGCAGCGGGCUUUCCGCCCGGCAUAAAGACCAGCUGACCGUGAGAGACGUGAAGUGGUCACAUGGAGAGUACGAUCAGAUUAUUGCCACGGCGGUGGCUAAUGGCCGAAUUGUAGUCUAUGAUUUGCACCGGACCGGCUUGGAAUGCUGUCGCUUCCAGGGACACAGCCGCCAAGUUCAUCGGCUAGCUUUCAACCCGCACCAUGCGUCGUGGCUUCUGUCAGGGAGUCAGGAUUCUUCCAUCCGAAUGUGGGACAUGCGGACAGCUUCUGCGGAACGUGGUGUUUUGGUGUGUGGGAGCCUUGACCUGUUCCAUGGCAACAGUGAUGCCAUCCGUGAUAUCAGGUGGUCCCCAACCGACGGGGUCAUGUUCGCAACUGCAACGGACAGCGGUGCGAUACAAUUGUGGGACUGUCGCAGAUCUAAUGCUCCGUUGAUGCGCAUCACUGCUCAUGACCGACCGUGCUUCUCGGUAGACUGGCACCCCGACGGGAAACACAUUGUCAGCGGUGGCACGGAUAGGCAAGUCAAGGUCUGGGAUUUCUCCUCUUCAGCCGAGCGCAGGCAGAAACCAACUUUUCAGUUCCGGACUCCCCAGGCUGUUCUCAACGUUCGUUGGCGUCCGCCGUCCUGGGCCAGGGAGCUGGAGGGCUCUGGCGAUUGGCAGUCAUCCCAGGUCGUGACAUCUUACGACAAGGAAGAUCCCCGAGUGCACCUCUGGGAUCUUCGACGGCCGCACAUACCAUUCCGCGAGUUUGAUCGAUACGACGCCCAUGCUACCGACCUGCUCUGGCAUUCAAAAGAUCUGUUGUGGACAGUCGGUGAAGCCGGGGCUUUCACCCAAACCGACAUCCGAUACGCUCCCCAGAUUAUUAACCAACGGCCGACGUGCUCGGUGGCUUGGAGCCCUAGUGGUGAAGUGCUAGCCUUUGUUCAAAAACGUCCCCAGCGUAGUACUCUAGGCCUCAGCACCACCGAAUUUGUCGGUCCUCAACAAGAAGAGAACAGUAGUGGUGAAGUAUUGAGCCAGAGCCCUGCUGAAGAUGUGCUUGAUGAGCCCUCGCUCGCUUCUAUUCGUCAUCGGCAUAGCAAGUCUAGCAGUGCUCGGCAGUCUAAGUCGUUAGGCAGUACUCCGCCUGCUGUGACGGACCUCGUUGCUGUCCUCCCAUUAGAGAAGGUUUUGUCAAAGAUUAAAACCCCCGAGGCUCGCCAGCUUGGAGCAGUUGGAAGCAUCCCAGGGGCUACGAUAGAUCGAGAUACCUUCCAGUAUCUGGCUUCACAUUAUUCUGCUUUGCUCAAAGGUGCAGAUGCUGUUCAAGUGGACAAAUUGUCAUCCUUGCUCGACUCGCUGAAUCACAAUGCACAAUGUUCCGAAGACGUUUCUUUACUCAAAUUAGCACAGACCUGGCGCAUUAUCAAGUUUGCUGUUGUCCAGAAGCUCGAAUUCAAAGCAAGAGAGCAGCGUCACUCCUUAGAGAAAGGCUCUCGCACGAUGAAGAAGAAGCCUUCCAAGGAAGGCCAUAUUUCUGAGAAACAAAGGAUAACUGAAGAUGGGAGGCAUGACAAAAUAAAAGCCCAGUUGUUCAAAGGUGUAAUGGAAAAUGAAGCACUGAAAUAUCCUCUGACAGAUUCUGAAAGCGUGUCAAAUAUGACAACGCCCCUCGCGCAACCAUUGCCCGAUUCCCCCCUAGGAUCUCUGGACAGCUCAACUUCGCACAUGACGUCUCUGAACGACAAUACGGAAAUGAAGCCUCUUCCACCAUCAGUUCUCAGUUCUAAUCAGGGCACUAUGACCUCCAAUGAUUGGUCAUCCAUGUCAGAUGUCGAUCCACAAAUAAUCCAUCAGUUUACGCAUCGCCAAUCUACUGCAAGCGAAGAUGCUCCCAUCCCACCCGAAAGUCUGCCGUCCGAACCAGGACGCGCCCCAGUGCGUCAAGAUCCAGAGGACGACCAGAGGUCUGCGCCCCGGGCUAUUGCUGGUAGAGUGGACUGGCAUAUGAAGAUCCCUCCCGUCGCUCCCAAGGGAGCUGCUGAAGUAGAUGAGUAUGACCUGAAGAUGGAGGAUAAAAAGGCGGCCAUUCGUGACUAUAAAAUAUUUCCGAAGAAGAUUCUUUCACUAGAGUCGCAUAUGGAGCCGAUCAAGCCACCCGGCUUCCAUCGCCAUGAAUCGUCAGAAAGCUUCCCGAUGUUCUCCGCCUCAACAGAGAGCUCUCAACCGCCAAAAUCAAUGGCUACAUCGCUGUCGUCGGCAGCCAAGCUGUAUGAGGCUCGUGGGAAUGGUGGUCGUGACCAAGAGGUCGCUACUGCUGCGCCUGGUAGCAGUUAUACUGGAGAUAAAGGGGACUCUGUCCCCGGGGCCGCCGCUGCAAAUGAUAAAGGAAGUCAAGAUAGCGAAACUUUGGACGAAAGCAUCACAUAUCCGGAGCAUAUCCAUCUCGAGCGGCCAUCCAGCCCCCCUCCACUUUUGAAGGAAAGCCGCCCUUUGAAAGCCGUUGGUAAGUAUGACGAAGAUGCCCAAGCCCCUGUACGCUUCACCGCGACAAUUCCGGGAGCGAGUCAGAAUCUACUCGACGUUACUCUCCCGGUUACUCCCGACGUGACGACGAACAAACCAUGGAGCGUCGAAAUGCUCAUUAAAGAAGCAAUCAGACACUACCAUAGUGGUACUCAUGUGGAUAUUCAGUCCGCUGCGCACUUGCUUCAGAAACUACGCCUUAUUUUCCAAGAUUGUGACAAGAUCCUUCCCGACGAGGAGACUGAAUACAUAUUCAAGGCGUACAAUGAGCUGUUGGUGCGUCAGUCGAUGUACCUUGAAGCUGCUGAGCUUCGGUUGCUGUGCGUAUCAUCCUACCCAGCAGUCUACGAGUACGCGCAAGCGGACACAUAUAUAAACGUCUUCUGUUUCACAUGCAAACGUCCUUACGAAAACCCAAAAAGCGACAACCGUCGUUGUUAUCGUUGCAACACUCCUCAAGAGCCAUGUGCCAUCUGCAUGAGCCUCGAACCGCCUCCCGAGUGGGUUGCGGAACAAUCAAGAUCAUCCGCUUCCUCAUGCCAAGAGACGGAAUCGGAGGCCACAUCACACGCAAUGUCAUCAUCCCGUUCCUCACUGAAAACAGAUCUCCUUCCCCAGUCCGAAUUGCAGCAUCUGGAUUCAGCUUUCCCCGACCCCUCCCCGCCUCCUCGGCCUAAAGGAUCCACUCUCUGGACGUGGUGCCAAGGCUGCGGCCAUGGAGGCCAUCUGGCUUGCAUAAGUACAUGGCUGAAUGAUGUCUCGGUCAGCGAGGGUGGUUGCGCCAUGCCAGGAUGCAUGCACGAUUGUGGUCCGGGCCCUCGUCGCGAACACAAUCGCUCCGUGCUGCUCGAAGAGUCGAAGAGACGUGAUUCUGCUGGCCGAAAAGCUGGUGUGGGCUUUGUCAAACGAGAUACAUGGACUAAGGGGGAGAGCAGGGCUGUCGAGAAAGUUCGUGGGAUGUUGGGCGUUGGUGCAUCGGCGGGGAGCGCUUCCACGACUACGACUACCGCGACGAGCAUUGGGCCUAGUGGAGCCUCCACUAGCACCAUGUCACCCAAGAAGGUACGGUUGGUAACGCCCAGUGAGCAGGGCCAACCACGCCGAAAUGGACCUCGUUCGAGUAUUGGGGGCAUGAGUGGGCUCAGCAGCUAAGGCAGAUUCUUCGGCUUUGAUUAAUGGCUUUCAAAACAGUGUUCUGUGGAAGAUGAGACAAUCUCUUCUUCCCUCGAGUUUCUUUGUUCGGCCUGCGUUUUGCGAGUUUGCGGAUACCCCCUAUUGUUGUCGGUUCAGGCGUCUCGGACUGACUAUAGAUUACGGUGUCCUGAUAUUUUGGCUAGGGCUCGGUUCUACUUUCUUCGCUCGGCCCAAUCGUAGCCACUGGCGACAUUUUUGUUUAAACAAUAAAACAAUGGAAAACACGCACCGACACGUGUCUAUACACACCGAAUGGCAGCAAGAACCAGAGUAGUAGUACCUUACCCAACGCCUUAACCAAAUUCUAUCCACAUCCUGCGUGGACGUAGUUCACGCGACCUAGUUUUAAUGUUCAUGUGAGCCGUACCUAUUUUCACGUGAUGCCAAG